UUCUGAAAAUAAUAAAAAAAAAUGAGUGAUUCUGAUGAUGAUUGGUUCGAAAAGGACCUCGACAGCUUCACAGUUGACGUGAAAAAGCCUGAAAAUGUCGAAGAAAAUGUUACUUUAGAAAUUCGAGAUGCAAAAAUGGACAAAGAAAAGCUCUACAAGUUGAUGAAAGGCGAAGACGUGUCGUCGUAUCAAAAUAAAUCCAUGGAAAAAGAGCCUUCAGAGGCUUCGGCAAAAGCAAAACCCAAACUUUCCUUCACCCGAAUGACAGCAAUAAGUAAAAUGUCGUCGUUACGGGCGUUUUCAGAGCUGUACAACAUGAAAAAUGAGUUCUUGGAAGCUCUGAAGGCGAAAAAUAUGAACAAAAAUUUGAUUAUUCUCACUUCUUCUUGUUUAUUUUUGGCUUGCGAUGUCCCAUUUGAAGAGCACAAAUACAUUUUAAUGAAGGAACUUAAAGAAAUUCCCACUUUUUGGACUCAAUUAGCAAAAUACGUAACAGAAAAUGCCGUUUCAGACGAUUUUCAUAACGGAAUGGAAGCUGUAGCGAAAGUUUUGAUGCGUUUCACAGACAUUUCCCCGAAAAUUCGAACAAGUUUGAAAUCAAUUCGCAUCGCAGAGACAAAUAAAUCCUCAAAUCCCGCGUUUUGGGAGACUUUUUCAAAGUUUUUAGACAAUCCAAGUUCUUUUGUGGCAUCGCAAGACACAAUUCUGCCAACAACGGAGGAUUUGCUCGAAGAACCAAAGGCGGAAAUUUCACCGAAUAUCGUAAAAGGAGCAUUUUCGAGUGUUUUGGAGUAUCGCAAGACACACAUGGCCUUGUUAAAAGAGGAUUUUAUUAGUCCCCUUCGUGAAAGUAUCGCGCUUUACAUCAAAAAUUACCCGGAAAUGACCCACGAGGGACUCGUCGAUAACAUUUUUGUCAUGCCACGCGUUCAAUUAGGACAUGGCGAACAUGGAAAUGCCGUUCGUGAGUUUGUCGAUUUGAAAUUUAAUGAAAAUGAAAAGAGGAAACAAAGUAUUUCUUGGAGUGAGAAGAGAUUUUUGCCUGGAUCGUUGCUUAUCUUUACAAGUAACGUCACGAAAUUGGAUGAUUUGAUACUGGCGACGGUACUUCCGUACGAUAAUGCCUCGAAAAAUCAAGGAAUUAUUCCUUUGACGAUCAUCCGAAGCAAAGCUGAGCAAAAAAUAUUUGAUGGCGAAUUAACUCUCAUUGAGCCAACCACAUUUUUCGAGCCUUAUAAUCAUGUUUUCAACGUUUUAUCGAACACAACUGAUGUAAAUAUGCCCAUGAAACGCCAAAUUGUGGAUGCUGAUGUCGAAAUAAAUGCUCCAAAGUACUUGAAACGCAUGAAAAGCACGAAAAUUACUGAAAAAGGAAUAAAUUUUGAUAUUUCUGAUGUCAAUUCUUACCCGAAAGCUGAGCUUUUUGGCUUAGAUGCGUCUCAAAUGGAUGCUUACAAGGCAGCUUUGACGCGAGAUUUUUGUUUAAUUCAAGGACCUCCCGGAACAGGAAAAACCCAUAUAGGCCUUGAAAUCGUUAAAACUUUGUUGCGUCACACAAAAGAGAAAAUUUUGAUAGUUUGUUACACGAAUCACGCUCUCGAUCAAACUUUGAACGGAAUUUUGGAGGAAACAGACAAAAUUGUUCGCUUCGGAGAGCAAUCCAAACACGAAGUAUUGCAAAAUUUCACGUAUAAGGAAGUUGGUAUGAAUCGAGAUCAUUUGGUAGAUGGGGCUUUGAAGCAUUUGCUGUGGAUGACGAAACAGGAGAGAAAUGCAUUGAGUGAUGAAUUUCACAAAAUUCAAGUUUCAGAGGAGGUUGUUCAAGAAAAAGUGCUUGAAAAUGUCCAAAAUCAGAUGGUUUCGGUGACAAAACGACUUUUUGAAUUGAAUCAACUUCAAACGUUGCUUCGGAUUCAGGAUAAGCGAGUUUUUGGCAUGACAACUACUUUUGCUGCGAGAUGUCACACGCUUUUGCAAUUGUUGCAAAUUCCUAUUGUACUUUUCGAGGAAGCUGGCGAGAUUUUGGAAUCUCACAUCGUGACUUCUCUCACCCCAAAAACGGAACAACUCAUCCUCAUCGGCGAUCAUUACCAACUGAAGCCCAAUACGACAGUUUAUCGUCUCGCCAAGGACUUUCACAUGAAUCUGUCGUUAUUCGAACGGAUGAUCAACAACAACGUGCCUUAUGUUCAACUGAAAAAACAACACAGAAUGCGUCCGUGCAUUGCCGAACUCAUUCGCGACACAAUUUAUCCCGAAUUGGAAGAUGCGGAGAACGUGUUGACAUACCCCAAUGUACCUGGCAUGGGUAAAAAUCUUUAUUUCAUUCGACAUGAGGAACUGGAAAUGUCCCCGAAGCACGCCAAGUUCAUCGAAACGAGCAAACAAAACGAAUACGAAGCAGAAAUUUUGGUAAAACUAUGUCUAAAUCUCAUCGAAAAGGGAACCGCUCCGGAGGACAUCACAAUUUUGACGAUGUAUCAAGGACAGAAAAAACUUUUGCAUGAAAUGCGAAUGAAAUAUGACCCGAAAUCGAGCAUGAAAGGCACAAAAAUAACUGUUGUCGAUAAUUUUCAAGGUGAAGAGAACAAAAUUAUUCUGCUUUCGUUGGUUCGGAGCAAUUUGGAGAACAGUAUUGGGUUCGUUGGUAUCCGAAAUCGGGUUUGCGUGGCAUUGUCACGUGCUAAAGAAGGCAUGUAUGUGAUGGGAAACAUGAAAAUGUUGAAAGAAGUCAGCGGGAUAUGGAAGAAAAUUAAUGAAAAACUGGAAAAAUUGGGUGCCAUCGGAGAUUUUAUCGACGAAAAUUUGUUGUUGCCCUGAAAAGUAAGCGGAAAGUAUUUAAUAAACUUAUUUUUAUUACGAAAC